AUGGUUCUAUCUCUUAAUACAAUUGAUGAUUUUACUACUCUUGUACCUCAUUUAAUUUAUUUUCGAGCUAAACUUGCUGAAAUUUCGUUUACAGUUGCAACAAAAAUAUUAUUUUUACGUUUACCAUCUAAUCUUCGUGAAUUAUCACUUUCAACCUGGUCAAUUGAAUAUGCAAAUGGUGAUUUAUGGGAAACAGUUCUCUCAUCAAAAUUUUCUCAUUUAAAACAUUUUCAUUUAAUUAUUUCUCUUGAUCAAAUUCCUCAUAAUUAUGUAACUGCAAGUCAAGCAGAUCUUGAUAAUAUUGUUAAAUCAUUUAAUCAAUCAAAAUAUUUUCUUGAUCAUCAUUGGAAUGUUUUAAUUAAUGUAAAUGAACAUGAUCGUCUUAAACUUGUUUUACAUACAGUACCAUAUCCAAUAGAAAAUUUUCAAACAACACUUUAUGAUAUUCGUCGUUGUACAUCAUCUCCAUUAACAAUUAAAUCGGCUUAUCGUUAUGUGAGUAAAUUAAAUUUAGUAUUACAUAAUGAUCUUGCAUCAUUAUCAAAUGAUAAUAAUGAAUAUCGAUAUUUUUCAAAUGUUGAACAAUUUUCUUUAUAUUCGAAUUUAAUGAAUGAUUGUCGACAAUUUCAAUCAAUAGAAUAUUUUAAAAAUUUAAAAAAUAUAGUUAAUUUAUCAAAUAUAACAUUAUUAAAUUGUCCAGAAGAUACUCGACAAUAUCCAAUAGAAUUAAUUAAUUUACUUUUAAAUCAUAUACCUAAACUUAAAUCAUUAAUUGUACCUUAUCGAUUAUAUACAUGUUUAAAAACACAAUCAAUAUAUAAUUUAAAAAGUUUAACAUUAAUAUUUACUAUUUAUUCAUCAAUAUCUCCACCAGCAACACGAAUGCGACAUUUAUUAACAUCACAUCAAAUAUUAACUAAUGAAUUAAUAUUAGAACUUAUUCAAACAUCAUUAUCAUUGUAUUCUGAAUUACAAACAUUAACAUUGAUUGUAAGAGAUAUAGAUAGUUUUGAUAAUCAAUUUUCUGAAUGGCUUAAAACAAAAAUUUUAAUUGAAAAAAAUAUUUUAUAUGAUCUAUUGAUAAUGUUUAUUAAUCAAACACAUAUAACAAAAUUUGAUAUUCUUCCAAAUGAAAUUUUACUUGAAAUAUUUGAAUAUUUACCAACUGUAAAUAUAUUUGAAACAUUUUUUUAUCUUAAUCAACGAUAUAAUCGUUUACUUCUUUCAAUACGUCUUCGUAUUGAUUUAUUAAAUAUAUCUAAACAAAUUUUUGAUUAUUAUAAUUAUUUUUUAUUUCCUAUUGCAUCUCAAUGUAUUAUAUCAUUACGUUGUGAAGAUAUAUUCGAUCGUUUAAUUCAUCAUAUACAUUUAUCAAAUUUUAUUUCACUUGAAUAUUUAACAAUAACAAAUAUUAAAAAAACUACACUACAAUAUAUAAUACCACAUUUAAAAAAAUUUCCAAAUCUUAUUUAUUUAAAUUUACAAAUAUCAAAUGAAUUAAUUAAUAAUAAUGAACUUUAUUUUGAAGAAUCAAUGCCAUCAAUUGAAAAAUGUAUACUUAAUUUUAAUAAACGAAUUAUUAUUGAAGGUGAUCAUUGUUAUUCGAAUUUAAAAUAUUUAACAAUAAAUCAAUAUCAUAUUAAUGAUUUAUUAUCUUUUCUUCAUAUUUAUACACCUCAACUUCAUCAUUUAACAAUUACACUUAAUGAUGAUUAUAAUUCAAUAAAAUUACUUCCAAAAAUAGAAAAUAAACAUAAUCUUGAAACAUUAAUUAUUAAAGAAUGUCGAAUACCAUUUGAUCGAAUUGAACAAUUAAUCUUAAUUUCAUUACCAUAUUUAAAACGAUUACAUAUCAAUGCAAUAGGUAUUGGUUAUGCCGAUGGUAGACAAUGGGAAAGACUUUUAUCUACAUAUUUUCCUUGUUUAAUAAAAUUUAUUCUACAUACAACAUUUCCAGAUAUAGAUGCAUCAACACCAAAUCUACGUACUCAAUUACUUAAAACAUUUGAAACAAAAUAUUUUUUAUCACAUGAUUGGUAUUUUGCAUUUUUACAUCAUCCAUCAUCACCAAUGAUUGAUUUAUUUUCAUUACCAUUGCCUAGUAAUAAAAUUGAUGUUAGUCUUUAUGAUACAUAUAUUGAAAAAACGAUUAAUAAUAUUAAUAUAUUUGAAAAUAUUAAUGAACUAACAUUAUAUUUAAGAAAUUCUAAUGAAAAUUUAAAAUUACCACAAUCAUGUUUUUCUAAUGUUAAAAAUUUAAUACUUAUUUCAAGAUUUCAACAUAAUGAAAGAUUACCACGAAUGUUAUUAGUUGAUAUAUCUCAUUUAGUUAGAUUUUCAAAUUUAGAAUCAAUUGAAUUUAUUGAAAAUAAUUUUCCAUCAUCAAUGCUUAUUUUACUUGAUUAUACAACAAAACUUAAAUCACUUUCAAUGUCAUUUUUGAAUUUAAUUCAAAUGACAAAAACAUUAAGUGAUCAACAUGUUUGUCAACAAUUAACAAAAUUAAUUAAACAUUUAAAAAUAACAUCAAUUAAUGAUGUGAAUAAUUAUGCUAUGUUUGAGCGUUUACCAUUAGUUUUUUCUCAUCUUGAUUCAUUAUCAUUAUCGCUUAUGAAUCCAAAUGAUUUAUAUCCAUUAACAAUACUUAUUCUUCAAAAAAUGGCUCCAAUAUUAAAAACAUUAAAUUUAUCUAUUGAAGAAUAUAUUCACGAAGUUAAUAUUCUAAAAAAUUUUAUGUCAUGGCUUAUUGGUUAUUUACAUUCACAUGAUCUUGAAAAAGUUGAUGUUAAACAGACUGAUGAUGAAAUUUAUUUGUGUUUUUGA